GGGCGGCCGACGCUUCCUGGCGGCGCGGGGCCGAGGGGGUGGCCCGGCGGACUCGGGCCGCGGCGAGGCUGGAGGGCCUCACUGCCCGUGGGCGGACGGCCGGCUCGCCAGACGCCCCAGAGCCCAGGGCCCCAGCGCGUGGCCCCGAGCCGCGGACUGGAGAAGAAGCGACGCCCCUGGCCGCGGGCUCACAUGCAUGCCCCCGCGCGGGUGGCUCGGCGACGUCUGUGAAUCGGGUUUAUCAAGUCACGUCGAGCGACUCGGAGAACCUGUUUUUCCCGCUGGGGAGAGUGAUCAUUCUCGUUGCCACUUGCCUGUAGAAAGUUACUCCAACACGUUUGAUCAUCCGUCCAGAGUAAGAAGGGAAAAGAAAUAGCGUGGUCUCUCCCGGGGUGAGGGGACGUAGGGGGAUCCCGCCAAGUGGGCAGAGCCAGUUUUAGCUGGAGCGGCGAGUCCAGCCCAUUGACAAUCCAGCUCCGGAAAGGGUUAACUGCAUCCUGCCGGUUCGGUUUACAUGUAAAUAGAGAGCAGCUGCUCCGCGCGGGCCCCAGUUGGCCCUUUUAAGUUUUUGAUUGGUUGCCAAUGACAUCACCGCCCGUGUUAUAACACUGUGGACCCAAAGCGGCGUCGGAUAAACCCUCCUUAAAGAGGCAAGGCCACGCCCUGGCUCCGCCCUCUCCAGCCACCCAUUGGCCGCGGGCUGCUUCGAAGUAGCGGUUAGCUUUCUCUGGAUUUCUAUUGGUCCAAAGCGCCGUCGGUCGGCAGCCGGCCCGCCCCCUCAGAACCUUACAUUUACAGUGUAGCAAAAGAGAAAGUAACUAUGUUGCUGCUGGAGAUCAAUGAAGCCAAGUGAAUGAGGGCUGAAUGUGCGAAUCCACAGCCGAAGCGGAGCGCCAGAUGGUGGAGGGUUACACUUAUUUAUGAAACUGUCUUGAGUUCUUCUUGAAUUGCCAGUUUUCAGCCUCCUCAUGCCUCCGUCUCCUUUAGACGACAGGGUAGUGGUGGCACUGUCUAGGCCUGUGCGACCUCAGGAUCUCAACCUUUGUUUAGACUCUAGCUACCUUGGCUCUGCCACCCCUGGCAGUACCAGCCACCCUCCUGUCAUCGCCACCACCGUUGUGUCCCUAAAGGCUGCGAAUCUGACGUAUAUGCCCUCAUCUAGCGGCUCUGCCCGCUCCCUGAAUUGUGGAUGCAGCAGUGCCAGCUGCUGCACUGUGGCAACCUACGACAAGGACAAUCAGGCCCCAACCCAAGCCGUUGCCGCCGGCACCACCACCACCACCACCACCACCACCUCCAUUGGAAGCUCUACCACCUGCCCGGCCAACCAGAUGGUCAACAACAGUGAGAAUGCAGGCUCUCUAAGUCCAUCAGGUGGGGUGGGCAGCCCUGUGUCAGGGACCCCCAAGCAGCUAGCCAGCAUCAAAAUAAUCUACCCCAAUGACUUGGCAAAGAAGAUGACCAAAUGCAGCAAGAGUCACCUGCCGAGCCAGGGCCCUGUCAUCAUUGACUGCCGGCCCUUCAUGGAGUACAACAAGAGUCACAUCCAAGGAGCUGUCCACAUUAACUGUGCCGAUAAGAUCAGCCGGCGGAGACUGCAGCAGGGCAAGAUCACUGUCUUAGACUUGAUUUCCUGUAGGGAAGGCAAGGACUCUUUCAAGAGGAUCUUUUCCAAAGAAAUUAUAGUUUAUGAUGAGAAUACCAAUGAGCCGAGCCGAGUGAUGCCCUCCCAGCCCCUCCACAUAGUCCUCGAGUCCCUGAAGAGAGAAGGCAAAGAACCUCUGGUGUUGAAAGGUGGACUUAGCAGUUUUAAGCAGAACCAUGAAAACCUCUGUGACAACUCCCUCCAGCUCCAAGAGUGCCGGGAAGUGGGGGGCGGCGCGUCUGCGGCCUCGAGCAUGCUACCUCAGUCCACCCCCAGCACCCCCGACAUCGAGAAUGCAGAGCUGACGCCCAUCUUGCCCUUCCUGUUCCUCGGCAACGAGCAGGACGCUCAGGACCUGGAUACGAUGCAGCGGCUGAACAUCGGCUACGUCAUCAACGUCACCACCCACCUGCCGCUCUACCACUACGAGAAAGGCCUGUUCAGCUACAAGCGGCUGCCGGCGACCGACAGCAACAAGCAGAACCUGAGGCAGUACUUUGAAGAGGCUUUUGAGUUCAUUGAGGAAGCUCACCAGUGUGGGAAGGGGCUGCUCAUCCACUGCCAGGCUGGGGUGUCCCGCUCUGCCACCAUCGUCAUCGCUUACCUGAUGAAGCACACGCGGAUGACCAUGACUGAUGCUUAUAAAUUUGUCAAAGGCAAACGACCAAUUAUUUCCCCAAACCUUAACUUCAUGGGGCAGUUGCUGGAGUUUGAGGAAGACCUAAACAAUGGUGUGACACCACGAAUCCUUACACCAAAGCUGAUGGGUGUGGAGACGGUUGUGUGACAAUAGUCUGGCUGGAAAUGAUGACUGUUCUCCAUUAGGAGACGAAGAGGAAGGAGGAUGGAUUCUUUCUUUUCUUUUUUUCUUUCUUUUUUUUUUUUUUAGAUGGGGUAAAGUUUGUGAAUGGAAACAAACUUGUUUAAAACUUUUUAUUUUUAACAAGUGUGAGAAGAAUUUAACUUUUGAUGCCGUUGAGAUUUACUUCCCGCCAACUGACAAAGCAGGGAGGCUAAAGACGUAAUUUUUUUAAGUCAACAAUAAAAAUAUAACAAACUUUGUUUCUUCCCCUUUUCCUUUUAAGCUAUUUGUAGAGUUUACGAUUAACUAGUCUGUGCAGGUUCAUAGACCGAAGAUACUACACUUUAAACCAAUUAAAAAGAACCCAAAGUACGUAGAAAAGACAUUGAAUCAUGAAGACCUAGGAUCUGCCUGGGCUGUCCUUACGAAAACAAAAAACCCAACCAAACCAAGCCCUGCUGUGCUCACUGGUGCAAAGAGAAGAUCAGGGCAGCUUAAGUGGUCUAAGAACCCUUCCCAUUCUUUAAAGAGACAAAGGAUACUGUUGAUUUUGUGUGUUUCGUACUCUGGAUUACUUUUUUCCCCCUCUCUGGGUUUAAGAGAUAUUUUGAAAUAGCAAGGAACUGACCAUUAUACCAUAUGCCUUCACUGGCUUCUUGUGCAAUAAUAUGGUGUUUUGAGUGUGCAAGUGAGUUAGAGCUGGCAGCUGAAUGAUAGACAAAUAGUGCAAAGUUGCCAGCUUGGAGCUAGAAAGGAAUUCAACAAAACCAAUUACUUUCUUUCCCACCUUUUUCCUUUGUGUAACGUUUUUUUUGAUUUGAUUCUGGUUACAGUGUCAUAAACCUUGUUACAUAUGUAUAUCAGAAUGUAAAAAAAAAAAAGACAAAAAUUUAUUUAAAAAUAUUUUUCUCAAAAAAA